AUGAGGAUACGCAUGCCCUUCGCCGGCAUCUUCGCCGCCCUCCUCCUCCUCUCCGCCUACGCCGGCCUUUCCUCCCUGCACAUGCCCCAAGGCACGCUCCUCAACGACAAAACCCUGCACUUCUUCGUCUUCUUCCUCCUAACGACAACCUUCUACUGGAUCCUCGAUACCACGCGCCGCCGCAUUUUACAUCUCACACUUUCGAUCUGCACCCUCGGCAUGGGUGUUGGGAGUGAGUUCCUGCAGGCCGCGAUCCCGAACAAUGGACGCGAGUUCGACCCCUACGACAUCCUUGCGAACUUGCUGGGGAGUUUGUUGGCUGUGGGGCUAUGUGGUUGGUAUCAUAAGCGGAUGUUGGAGAGGAGAAGGGUGAGGAAGUAUACUGCUGUUCCUACUGGCGAGGAGGGAAUACCCGAGGAUGGUGUGGAUUUGGAGUUGGGAGAGGGCGUGGGUGUGGGUGUGAUGAGGAGGAGUGGGGAGCAUGAGGAGGGGGUUGUUUCUGCUGGUGGUGCUGCUGCUGCUUCUCGGGCGGCUGCGGCGCCAGUUACGGCGCCAGUUACGGCAGCUACGACGGCGAAGAAUAACAUGUCGCUUGAGGAGGAAUUGGAUAAUUGGGAUGAGAACGCGGUUGAUGCGUGGGAUGAGGAUGAUGAGGCGGGUGAUGUUGGUGCGAGUGGUAGUGGUGCUGGUGGCAAGAGCGGGGAUGCUAUUGCUAAGGAUAUUGGAGCUGCUAAGAAGCGGGUUGAUUGA